GGGAAGCCAAAGAAGAAAAGACUCGGAGCUCCCUCUGCCCCCUCAGAUCUCUCCAGGGAACGAGAGAGUAGGGCAGAAAAUACAGGGACGGAGGAAGAGGAGACUGUUGAAUGUAGUUGAGCGUCGCAUGCAGAGCAGCCAAUGAGAGACUGUGAUGGGACCAAAACUGACACCCAGAGCAAAGCGGACCACAGAUUUCUGACAUGUUGUCGACCCAGAUUGAUGGAAGGAAAAUGAGGGGAGAGAGGACAGACGUAGACAGACUUGUGUCGCUGCUUCAGAAAACACAGAUGGUAAACCGAGGACGUUCUUCCUCAGAUGUGUCCACCAGAUAUUUUGUAAGGUGUUGUGCUGUAAAUAAGGUGUGUGGACUCAGUGUACAGCACUAAUCUUAGAGACGGGGGAGGAGAGCAAUUCUCCACAUACAUACAGUACAAACCCCUUCUGCCAAUCAGAGAGAGAGAGAGAGCAGCAGAGCGAGUGAAGAAACAGGGGAAACGGCUCCAGCAGUUAUCUUAGGUGGACAGAGAGGAAGAAUUACACUCAAACACGCUCGCUCCAGCCACACGGUACAAGACGCUCCAGCCAGUGGAGGCGGAUAACCAGCCAGACGCCUUCUAUCUGCAGCUCCAGACCAACAAGAUUCCUCACUAAUUCUCUCCCGGCUUCACCCCAAGCUUGAAGAGGAGGAAUAAGGGAAGAAGAAAGAAAAGGAAAGUGCUUUGCGACUUCCCUGAGAGUGAGGGCUAACGCCGUCAAGAGAAAGACUGAGAGAGAGAGCAGGGGAAAUCUCCCCCUCGCCCUCUCUCGACCCAGAUCACCGUCAGGCUGGCUGGCACAGCCAUGGCCUUCACCUUUGCGGCCUUUUGCUACAUGUUAACACUCGUGUUGUGCGCCGCCCUCAUCUUCUUCGUCAUUUGGCAGAUUAUUGCGUUUGAUGAGCUGCGCACAGAUUUCAAAAACCCCAUCGAUCAGAGCAACCCCACCAGAGCGAGGGAAAGAAUAUUGAACAUUGAGAGAAUCUGCAACCUCCUCCGAAGGCUGGUGGUUCCAGAAUAUUCCAUCCACGGGCUGUUCUGCCUGAUGUUCAUGUGUGCGGGGGAGUGGGUGACUCUGGGCCUUAACAUCCCGCUGCUCCUCUAUCACCUCUGGAGGUUUUUCCACCGGCCCGCAGAUGGCUCUGAGGUUAUGUACGAUCCAGUGAGUGUGAUGAAUGCAGACAUCCUGAAUUACUGCCAAAAAGAGUCCUGGUGCAAGCUAGGCUUCUACCUUCUGUCCUUUUUCUACUAUCUGUACAGUAUGGUGUACGCUUUGGUCAGCUUCUAAGUGAUCAAAUGAAGGACGGAGGAGGACUCUAAAAAGAGAAGAGAAACGACAGAACAAAUACCGAACUA